AUGACGGUCUUCAUCGCGUCACUCUUUCUUCCUUACACGGUCAAUUUCCGGGUCGACAAUCCCCGCGAUCGCCCCCCAGAGGCCACUCCUCCGCUCCCCAAUUCGGCGCCCGACACCGUUCCUCCUCUCCCCACCGCUGCGGCCAGUCUGUUUGAAAAGACCAACUCCAAAACGCAACCAGGCCUCACGCCGGGCGCAACCACCGACUAUGAGCGUAUUUUUGCCAGCAAUCUUGCGAAGGCUGAGAAAGAGCGAUCUGGAUAUCCGUUCCCGCCGUCUUCCUUAGAGAAUCGGUUUCUCACAGAAAGCGAGGCACACUCCCCAGCAUGGGGCGUAACGACCUCCCUCAACCAGCCGCCCAAGGCGCCAACCCUCAUUUCUCCGUCUCCGUCUAUUCUAAAACACCAGGAUCCCAUCGUCGCGCCGAACGAGAAGCCAGUGCCAGCAAAAACUUCUGACUCUGCGCCGGUUCCUCCACUCGGAGCCAAGAAACCCCAGAACGUUAAUCGCAAGGUGUCGUUCUCCCGGGCGGAAUGGACAAUUGAGACUGCCGAGCAAGGAAAUGGCGGCUUGCGCAAUGCAGUCCGAUCAGCCAAGGAAUCAGGAUAUUUGGGGGACAUGAUGUGGGUGGGCACCCUGGGAAUGCCCACGGAUGCGCUGGUGGAGUGGACGCGCAAUGAUAUUGCGGAGCGGCUGGAGGAUGAGUACAAUUCGUUGACGGUAUUUGUCAACGAUGGCGAUUUCGACGGUCACUACACCCACUUCUGCAAGACCAUCCUGUGGCCUGUCUUCCACUACCAGAUUCCCGAUAAUCCGAAGAGCAAGGCCUAUGAGGACCACUCAUGGAUCUACUACGUCAAACUUAAUGAAGCAUUUGCAGAGCGCAUCGCGAAGAACUGGAAACGCGGCGAUGCAAUCUGGGUUCAGGAUUAUCACCUGCUGCUCGUCCCGGCCAUGCUCCGCAAGAUGCUGCCGGAUGCGCAGAUUGGCUUUUUCCUGCAUAUCGCGUUCCCUUCCUCCGAGGUUUUCAAGUGUUUGGCACCUCGCAAGGAACUUUUGGAGGGCAUCCUAGGUGCCAAUCUGAUUGGUUUCCAGACUGACGAGUAUUGCCGACAUUUCUUGCAAACCUGCAGUCGCAUUCUGUGCGUUGAGGCUACGAAUGAAGGUAUCCAGAUGGAAGAUCGCUUUAUCAAUGUGGGGACGUUCCCAAUUGGUAUCGAUCCGACGUCGUGGGAUAAGCGCCGUAAAGCUGCGGAUGUCGAGCGAUGGGUUGACACUAUCUCCGAACGGUAUCAUGACAAGCGACUGAUCGUCUCGCGGGACAAGAUCGACUCGGUUCGGGGUAUUCGUCAAAAACUCUUAAGUUAUGAGUUGUUCCUCAACACUUAUCCAGAAUGGGCAGACAGAGUGGUUCUGAUCCAGGUUGCGACCAGCACCACUGAGCAGCCUGAACUGGAGGCAACCAUCUCUGAUAUUGCUAUGCGCAUCAACUCUACUCACUCAACGUUGGCUCACCAGCCUCUGGUUUUCCUCAAGCAAGACUUGGCGUUCCCCCAGUACUUGGCCCUCAUCACGGUGGCUGAUGCGCUAAUGAUCACCAGUCUGCGUGAGGGCAUGAACUUGACCAGCCACGAGUUUGUGUAUUGCCAGGAUGGCAGCAAUGGCGACAAGAAGUACGGUUCCCUUAUUCUCAGUGAAUUCACUGGUAGUGCAUCCGUCUUUGGAAACCAUGCACUCUUGGUAAACCCCUGGGACUACCGGCAAUGCUCGGAGGCAAUACACACAGCAUUGACGCGAGACGAGAAAAAGCGCAAGGAGGUGUGGGAGGAGCUGCACCGCGCCGUGCUGCAAAACUCGACUGCUAACUGGGUGAAGUCAUUCAACGAGACACUCAAAAAAGUUUGGAACGAGCAAUCGUCUCGGGAGAUUAUGGCUGUGCCACGACUGUCGGUGCCUCGACUCAUUGAAAAGUAUCGACAAUCGAAGCGGCGACUCAUGAUCGUCGACUACGAAGGCACCCUUGCCUCAUGGGGAUCACCGCGCAGCAUUAUCCUGACUACUCCGCAGCGCGCCAUCACGACUCUCACCGAACUGACGGACGAUCCCAACAACGUUGUCUAUGUGAUGAGCUCGCGCAUGCCCGAGGAGAUGGAACGACUCUUCCGCCAGGUCAAUAACCUGGGUUUAAUCGCUGAGAAUGGGUGUUUCAUGCGCGAGCCCAACUCAGACGAAUGGACGCAUCUCGCCGACAAAGACCACAUCCAGAACUGGAAGACAUCCGUCUCCCACAUCCUGUCCUAUUUCAAGGACCGUACGGAGGGCAGCUGGAUCGAGGAGCGCCACUGCUCGCUCGUCUUCCACUACGGGUCAGCCGAAGACCGCAGCGUUGCAGCACGCCUUGCCGCCGAGUGUGCAGACCAUAUCAAUGAUGCGUGCAAGAAUCAGGGCGUGCACGCUAUCCCCGUCGAGGGUGCCCUGAUCGUCGAGACAUCCAACACGAAUAAGUCUUCUGCGGCAGAGCUGGCCUGGCGAUUGUGCUUGGAGGAUCCCGAGAAGAAGGACGCUGGCAAACCGGACUUUUUGUUGAUCAUUGGCGAUAAUCGCGAAGACGAGCCCGUCUUCCGGUGGGCGAAUAAGUUGCAGAAGACCAAGGCUGUUGAUUACGCGAUGACCGUUACCUUGGGAUCGCGCAGUACUGAAGCCAAGGCUACCUUGACUCAGGGAGUGACUGGUGUUCUCUCCUGCCUGCAGCAAUUGGCAGCACCGUCAGACAAAGCAUCUGCACCUGUGCGGUAG